AGAAGCUGCAGCCACUAGCAUUCUUUCUCACCGAUGGCAGCAUUCGUGGAAGCACACUUCUAAUCUCGACUUUUACGACCCAGACGCCAUGUUUACCAAUACCAAAUCAUGGCGUGCUGAUAAGUGCCCCCGUGUCAAAAUGGUUAAUUCGGCUCUUGCAUCACAUCAAGCCCCUUUUAUUAAAGACUUCACAAUUUCGAUUUAUGUACACAAAUCAGCACAUAGCACAAUCUCCAAAUGGCUUGAAUUCGCGCAGUCGAGACAAGUUGAGCGAUUGGAUUUGAACUUCAACUCUAUGAUUAAGAGUGAAAGGUGUGGGGUUGUGUUAGAAGAUUUGGUGCGAGAGAUGAGGCCUAUGAAAUAUCUCAAGGCUCUAUCUCUAACAGCUAUGAAAGUGAGUGGUCAAGACAUCUCCUAUUUCCUCAAAAGUUGUCCCAUGUUGAGGGAACUUAAUAUCACAAGAUCGUCUUUCACAUCUCGUGUUCAUGUCUCUGGCGAUUUGGAGAUUCUUCGGAUACGUGGAUGCACCUUUAGGAAAUUCGUUAUCGACAUUUCUGCUCCACAUCUUUAUGAAGUUGUUUCCGAUGCAAAACCGGGCGCUCUACGGUUCAAGAAUGCUCCAAGACUUGCCAUGGCAAGUCUUGUAAUUGGAAGUCUAAAAUUUAAUGUGCCCAAUUUUGCUUCAGUAUCUUGCUUUACUUCAAACCUCCAAAAACUCAUAUUGUCUAUCCCAUACUCAAAACCCAAGAUUCUUUUAAGGGAAGGGCUUCCUUGUAUGCCUAAUCUAAAGGAGUUGUACGUUGUAGUUUCGCGUCGCCAUGUGCACCACUGUCUUGAGCCGGUAACAUCUAUAAUAUCAGCAUGUCCUCAUCUUCAGAUUUUCACGUUGAAGUUUACUAUGUACGAAGAUGAUGAAGAUGGUGAAAGAUGCACAGACAACUAUGAAUAUAGUUAUGGACCAUCACAUGUUUUUCUAUGCCCUCACGAACGUCUCAGAAUGUUAAAGUUUCAAGGAUCGUGUGCAACCGAUAUCAUCAAAUUGAUGACCUAUAUUUCAGUUUGUUGCAAUGCAUAUCAAAAGAUAAAUACUUGUACUUUACAUAUGAAUAUGAGUGAGACUAAGGGACUAGCUCAUAUGAGCCAUAUGCAACAACUUCUAUCCCAGUUCCCUCAUCAAGUUGAAUUCGAGCUUAGAUAAUACUAAGCUGGCUAGUAUAGCAGCAGAUAUGUUUGUAGGCCGGGAGAGAUUUUCCACGCUGUUGUUAAUGAGGCUCACAGAGACUGUCAUUUUAUGGCUUUCAGAAGAUCAAACAUUUUGGGAUGACAUCGAGGAAGGACCUAGGCCGUUGGGUGAUCUUGGUCUACAACAGUUCUAUCUGGACAUGAAAUUUAUCAUGUGUUUCGCCUCGCAAGGCCGCUACUUGUCCAGGAACUUGCACCGUGUAGUGAAUGAUAUUAUAAAUAAAGCAAUUGCAGCAUUUUCUUCAACAGGCAUGGAUCCAUAUAGUGUACUUCCAGAAGAUGACUGGUUCAAUGAAGUUUGUCAAGACGCGAUAGAGAAGCUGAGUGGUCAACCGAAGAACACCAACGGAGAGCGCGACCUCAACAGUCCAACCGCUUCUGUUUCAGCUCAAUCUAUCUCAUCCAUGAGAUCUCAUUGAAGUUCCUGAGGCACAGAAUAUGUAAAUUAGACUGCAGGCACACGGUUUGUGAUGGGUAAAAUGCCUUUAUUGUAUCUGCAGGCACACGGUUUGUGCAAUACUCCUAUUAUUUUGUAAAUAAAGCGGAGAAAGAAUAAAGUAGAGAGUGAUAUUUUUACUUUAAAAUUGGAAUGAAAAACAGAGUCACUUUGAUGGAACACUGGAAGUAUAAAAUUGUAUUAUAAUUUGAAAUAUUUUGUUUGAUAAAUCGAAAAUAUUGACUUCUAAUUGAAUAUAUUUUUUUUA